CAUUGUUGGUAUUAUGGAAAACAACUGCGCUGAAGUGCUGUGGAUAUACAGAUGGGAAAUGUAUACAGUUUCCUGUAGCGCAUAAUGUAUUUUUUUCCUAAAAAAAUGUCUUGCUCAUCCCAGAAGUAUAUUGUUAUACUAGAGCCGAAAUACUUAAUCUUGUAACCUUAAGAACUGGAGACGGACUGCAUGUAUAACUGGAAAAAAACGAUAAAUUUGCUGUUAGUAUAUUACGGAAGGAAAAAGCAAAUGUCAUGACUUUUUUUGAGUAUGCUUCUGCUGAACGUGUAGGUAUACCAGGUUUGGGUUGACUACUCUCAUAUGUUUGUUCUCAUUUCACACUUCCAAGAGUUCUUGAAUGAAACUUACAAAUACAGGUGUCGUAACAAAAUAUGAGUGAUAUUACGCUUCAGAAACAUUUGGCUCAAAAACUGACUGAGGCGGUGGGCAAAAAACAAACGCGUGAUGGCGCGCGAGGCCAGACGGAGACCCACCCACGAUAAAAGUAACGGUAUACCAAGUUCUUCUGAUUGACAUGUUUUCUUGACCAAUUCACGAAUUGCUUACAGUUUGUAGACAAAUAGAAACACUGGAAGGCGGACCUCUAAAACAAAGUUUUGAACCUGAGUAAAAACUUCUAAAAUAAUGAAUGGAUUAGUUUUCGCUGCUGGAUUGUAUAAUGGAAUAUUUAAGUUAUAGAGGAUUGUGAGAGCUGGACAGUGAAAAGACGAUAUAUUCAAGUUCCAGUCAUCAAUUGGGAGCAGGAUUUUGACUUGACUUUGAAGUGGAGUACUAACUAAAAAUUUGAGAAAUAGACGUAUCAACUGUAACUGGAGUUUUUGACUCCCGAGUCUUACAGUACGGCAGCAUGAGCGCUGCGGGCUGAACUGUGGCGUGCUGCUCAAGUUACCGAACGUCUUGGAGUACAUUUCAAGCCGCAAGUUGUCCUUUAGUUUCUUCGCAGUUAGUACCACCGAGGGACCAGCGGCGAUGGGGAAUGUGGAGAGUGAUGAGCGGCCGGAUGGCAGCGACUGGAGGAGUGCUGCGCUGAUGCCCGUAAAACUGCCUAUGCCUGACCCCAGCGAGCUGGAGGAGCGAUUUGCGUUGGCUUUGAACUCUAUGAAUCUUCCACCAGACAAAGCCAGAUUACUACGGCAAUAUGACAGUGAGAAGAAGUGGGACUUAAUCUGUGACCAGGAAAGGUUCCAGGUGAAGAAUCCACCACACACGUAUAUCCAGAAACUGAAAGAUUUCUUGGACCCUGCUGUCACACGAAAGGGUCACUGCAAAAAUAUCCCAGACAACAAACAAACAAUGAGCGAGAAGAUCAUUGAAAAUACUAUCAGUAAAAACGAAAUGAAAACUCCAGCAAAGUGGGUGCGAGAAUUUCUUAAUGAUGAAAACAAAGGAUUGGAUAUCUUGGUGGAGUACCUGUCCUUUGCGCAGUGUGCUGUUAUGUUUGAUUUUGAGAGUCUGGAGAAUGGUGGUGAUGAUGGUGCUUUAGACAAGUCAAAAUCCUGGAGCAGGUCUAUAGAAGAACUGCACCAGAACCAUGGUCUGUCCGGCCCAUUCAGCUCAAGCCUCGCUCGCUCUGCCCGUCAGUCUGUCUUACGGUAUGGCACAUUACCAAAUCGCAGAGCACUGAAGAAUUCAAGGCUUGUUAGCCAAAAGGAUGACGUUCACGUUUGUAUCCUCUGUUUGCGAGCUAUCAUGAAUUAUCAGUAUGGUUUCAACUUGGUGAUGUCUCAUCCUCAUGCAGUGAAUGAAAUUGCACUCAGUCUCAACAACAAGAACCCCAGAACCAAAGCACUAGUCCUAGAGUUGCUUGCAGCUGUCUGCCUUGUGAGAGGAGGACAUGAGAUCAUAUUAGCUGCCUUUGACAACUUUAAAGAGGUUUGUAAAGAAAAGCAACGGUUUGAAAAGCUGCUGGAAUAUUUCAGUAAUGAUGACAGCAACAUCGACUUCAUGGUUGCUUGCAUGCAGUUUAUAAACAUUGUGGUUCAUUCAGUAGAAGAUAUGAAUUUCCGGGUCCACUUACAGUAUGAAUUCACCAACCUUGGGCUGGAUCAGCUUUUGGAGUUAACAGAGAAGCUGUUAGACCUUGAAAAUGAGAAUAUGAUGAGAGUUGCUGACCUGGAAAAACAGUUGCUGCAACGAGAUAAAGACUUGGAACUUAUGAAGGAGACCUAUGAGAGUGCAACCUCUCAAGUGCAUAUUUUGCGUAAAAUCAUCAAAGAGAAGGAGGAGGCAUUCCAGCGACAAUGCACUUUAACGAAUCACGUACACAAACUGGAAGAAAACAUAGGUGUUCCUCUUCCAACAGUAGUCACCGGGGAAGCAGUUAUUGUACCUGGAGUGCUCCCCAGUGUAGAUGAUAUUCUGACAGCAGAAAUGGGCAAGACUCCGUCUCCUAAGGAACCUCUACCCCCUCCACCACCACCUGCCCCUCCUCUACCAGAAAAGAUUCCAGAUGCACCUCCACCACCUCCUCCACCACCACCACUUCCUGGGGCAUCUCCUUCUGUUGUACUCAGUCUGGGUCUCUCAGCAAUUCGAAUCAAGAAGCCAAUUAAAACUAAGUUCCGGCUUCCUGUAUUCAACUGGACAGCCCUAAAGCCCAAUCAGAUUAAUGGCACUGUCUUCAGUGAACUUGAUGACGAAAGGAUACUGGAGGAGUUGGAUUUGGAUACAUUUGAAGAGUUGUUUAAAACAAGAGCACAAGGUGCAGCCAUUGACCUCUCCUGUCCGAAAAGCAAGCUAUGUCAGAAAGCUCUCAACAAAGUAACACUUCUUGAGACAAACAGGGCAAAGAAUCUGGCAAUCACAUUGAGGAAAGCUGGCAAAACAACAGAGGAAAUCUGCAAGGCUGUUCAGAUGUUUGACUUGAAGACAUUACCAAUUGACUUUGUAGAGUGCCUUAUGCGGUUCUUACCACAGGAAAGUGAAGUGAAACUGUUCAGACAAUAUGAGAAGGAACGGAAACCUAUAGAAGACCUGUCUGAUGAAGACCGUUUCAUGCUACAGUUUAGUAAGAUUGAGCGACUGACACAGCGAAUGGCAAUCAUGACCUUUGUAGGCAAUUUCAAUGAAAACCUUCAGAUGCUAACGCCGCAACUCAAUGCCAUCAUAGCAGCCUCUGCUUCAGUGAAGUCAUCUCCAAAGCUGAAGAGAAUGCUAGAGAUUGUUUUGGCUUUAGGAAACUACAUGAACAGCAGCAAGAGGGGUGCAAUCUAUGGUUUCAAGCUGCAAAGCCUAGACUUGCUUUCAGACACGAAGUCGACAGACAGGAAAAUGACACUUUUGCACUACAUAGCAAUUAUUGUUAAGGAGAAGUACCCAGAUAUAUCGACUUUCUGGAAUGAGUUGCACUACAUUGAGAAGGCUGCAGCAGUUUCCCUGGAGAAUGUUUUGCUGGAUGUGAAAGAGUUGUGGCGGGGCUUGGACCUAAUACGAAGAGAAUGCAGCCAGCAUGAUCACAGCAUGCUAAGAGGCUUUGUGAGCAGCAAUGAGGGGAGGCUGGAGAAGCUGCAAAAAGAUGCUAAGACUGCUGAGGAAGCCUACAAUGCUGUUGUAAGUUACUUUGGAGAAAAUCCAAAAACUACACCACCUUCAGCAUUCUUUCCCAUUUUUGUCCGGUUUGUGAAAUCCUAUAAGGAUGCAGAGCAGGAAAAUGAAAUGCGAAGGAAGCAAGAAGAGGCCUUGCGCGAGAAGCUUUUGGCACAAGAAGCAAUGAAAAAUGAACAGAAGUCACCAUUGCAAAGGAACAAACAGAGACAGCAGCAGGAGCUUAUUGCAGAGCUGCGGAAGCGUCAAGUUAAAGACCAUCGCCCUGUGUAUGAAGGCAAAGAUGGGACCAUUGAGGACAUUAUUACAGCAUUGAAGAGCAUCCCUUUCACAGCCCGAACAGCCAAGAGGGGUUCCCGGUUCUUCUGCGACACGUCCCUCUAUGAGGAGUCUAACUGUUAACACCAGUGCACCUUAGAAAACUGAAAUAUAACAAAAAGCAAAAAGGAAGAGUCGGCCUUGUAAUAUAGUGUAUUCACACCGCAUGGUCUUCGAACUAAGCCAUUCAGGCGUGCAGAUGCGGUGAUCAGAAAUGGCUGGCGGCGUAUCUGAGGGGUGAAGUGUCUGCUCUUUAACUGAACA